AUGCCCCUGGCAUUGUUCUUCGUCCUCUCCAUGGUCCUUCAUGGGGCACUCGCUGAGAUCGUAUGCGAGAAUUUGUCGAAGGAAGAGUGUGCCUUUUCAAUUUCAUCAGCUGGCAAGCGAUGUGUCCUAGAGAAAUAUACAGGGAAUGAUGGUGAAGAGGGAGAGUUCAAGUGCACCUCCUCUGAGGUGGAGGUCGAGAGGCUCAGCGAAUGGAUCGAGAUCGAAGAGUGUAUUCAAUCAUGUGGACUUGAUAGAAACUCUGUCGGGAUCUCGUCGGACUCACUCCUCGAUCCCCAGUUCACUGCUAAGCUUUGCGCAUCACCUUGCUUCGACAAUUGUCCUAAUGUUGUCGAUCUCUACUUCAAUCUUGCAGCUGGAGAAGGGGUGUACUUGCCUAAGCUAUGUCAAGAGCAAAUAAUCAACCCAAGACGCAGCAUGGCCGAGCUCCUGAGCUCAGGAGUGGCAGAGGGGUGUGAGCCCUCUGGUGCGGCGGCUCCAGCUCCAUCAGCCCUAAAAAUUUAGGCCUUCCUUUUUUUCUCUUUCUUUUUUAUGAAAUUCUCUCAUCAUUGUACAUGAUUGAGCAGAGG